AUCCCAUCUUCCUUUGGAAGAUCCCCAAUUCUCCACAUCCAUUCUCUCUCUCUCUCUCUCUCUCUCUCUCUCUCUCUCUCUCUCAUUAAUGCUCUGCUCAACGACUUCUCUCCUCUCCUUUCUCACCUGCAAAAUGCCAUCCUCCCCUUUAAAUCUUCCGCUCCUUACCCUCUUUCCAGGGUUAGGGUUUUCCGCCUCUCUGUUUCUUCUUCUUCUUCUUAGAAGUCGAGAUGUGGAAUUCGUCGGAGAACGUGUUAUCGAGGUCGAACUCAUACAAGGAGAUCGAAGAUGACGAGGAGGCCCUCCGAUGGGCCGCUCUCGAGAGAUUGCCAACAUACGAUCGCGUAUCCAGAGGGAUCUUUCGCAGUGCCAGCGGAAAUUCCUCCGAGGCAGACAUCGUCGGGCUUAAGCCUCACGAGCGGGAACUCCUCCUUGAACGUCUCCUCAACACCGCUGGCGGGGAUGCGGGCCGACUGCUUGAUCAGAUGAGGAAGAGAUUUGAUGCAGUAGAUUUGAAGUUCCCAAAGGUUGAGGUUCGUUUCCAGCAGCUGAAAGUAGAUGCAUAUGUCCAGAUUGGAAGCAGAGCAUUACCCACAAUUCCUAACUUUAUUUUCAACAUCACUGAGGCCUUCUUGAGGCAGUUCAAGAUCUUCCCAGGCAGGAGAAAACAGUUGUCAAUAUUGAAUAACAUUAGCGGGAUCAUUAGGCCUUCAAGAAUGACACUGCUGCUGGGCCCUCCAAGCUCUGGAAAGACGACUUUACUUUUGGCUCUUGCUGGACGGCUCGGACCUGGUCUGGAGAUGUCAGGGAGCAUUAUGUACAAUGGACAUAGCCUAAAGGAAUUUGUUCCUCAAGGGACAUCAGCUUAUGUUAGUCAGCAGGAUUGGUUUGUACCAGAGAUGACAGUGCGGGAAACUCUUGAGUUUGCAGGACGUUGUCAGGGUGUUGGGAUCAAAUAUGAUAUGCUCUUGGAACUUGCAAGGCGAGAGAAGAAUGCUGGUAUAAAACCUGAUGAGGAUCUUGAUAUAUUCAUGAAGGCAUUAGCUUUGGGGGGAGAAAAGUCAAGCCUUGUCGUGGAGUACAUAAUGAAGAUUUUAGGCUUGGACAUGUGUGCUGAUACAUUGGUGGGAGAUGAAAUGCUCAAAGGAAUCUCUGGGGGACAGAAGAAGCGUCUUACAACAGGUGAAUUACUCAUUGGUCCAGCUAGAGUGCUGUUCAUGGAUGAAGUAUCAACUGGUCUUGACAGUUCAACAGCAUAUCAAAUCAUCAGUUAUCUCAGGCAUUCGACACAUGCACUUGAUGGGACCACUGUCAUAUCUCUCUUGCAGCCGGCUCCUGAGACUUACAAGUUAUUCGAUGAUAUUAUUCUUAUAUGUGAAGGGGAGAUUGUAUAUCAGGGACCUCUUGAUGCUGCUCUUGACUUCUUUGCAUUUAUGGGUUUUAAGUGCCCUGAACGGAAAAAUGUGGCUGACUUUUUGCAAGAAGUUACGUCAAAGAAGGAUCAACGGCAGUAUUGGUCUGUUCCUGACUGCCCAUACCAAUAUGUACCAGUAGUGAAAUUUGCAGAAGUGUUUCGUUCAUUUCAUAUUGGUAAGAGUUUAUCCCAGGAGCUAGCUGUUCAGUAUGACAGGCAGUCUAAUCAUCCUGCCACAUUGUCAAUGUCUAACUAUGGUGUGAGCAGAGCUGAACUUCUUAAGGCCAGUUUUUCCUGGCAAAUGUUAUUGAUGAAACGGAACUCUUUUAUCUAUGUCUUCAAAUUCAUGCAGCUCCUAUUUGUCGCUCUGAUCACAAUGACGGUAUUUUUCCGGACAAAUAUGCACCAUAAGACAGUUGAUGAUGGAAUUGUAUAUCUUGGGGCUCUGUACUUCGCAACCAUAAUAGUUCUAUUUAAUGGAUUCACAGAAGUUGCUUUGUUGAUAUCCAAACUUCCAGUGCUUUACAAGCAUAGGGACCUACACUUCUAUCCCUGCUGGAUUUACUCAUUUCCUUCCUGGGUUUUGAGUAUUCCAACUUCACUCGUAGAGUCUGGUAUGUGGGUGGUGGUUACAUACUAUGCCAUUGGCUUUGAUCCACUAAUAACUCGAUUCCUCCGGCACUUCCUUUUAUUUUUCUUUUUGCACCAGAUGUCUUUGCCUCUUUUUCGUCUGAUGGCAUCCUUGGGUCGGAAUAUGAUAGUGGCCAACACCUUUGGAUCUUUUGCAUUGUUGGUCGUUAUGGUUCUUGGAGGAUUUAUCAUCUCUAGAGAUAGCAUUCCAAACUGGUGGAUUUGGGGGUACUGGUUAUCUCCAUUGAUGUAUACUCAGAACGCAGUUUCUGUAAAUGAGUUUCUUGGACAUUCUUGGGAUAAGAAAGCUUCAAACUACACUAAUGUAUCAUUAGGUGAAACAGUGUUGAAAGCACGUGGUUUAUUCACAGAGGGUUACUGGUAUUGGAUUGGUGUUGGUGCUUUAUUUGGUUAUACAGUCAUAUUCAACAUGCUAUUGACAUUCUCUUUGACUUGGCUCAAUCCUCUGGGGAAGAAACAGGCAGUCAUGUCUAAAGAAGAGCUCCGAGGGAGGGAUCAGAAAAAGAAAGAUGGUUUUUCUGUGGAGCUAAGACCAUAUAAGAAUUCAGGGCUAAAUGGUAAUGGACAAAGAGGCAUGGUUCUUCCCUUCCAACCUCUUUCCAUGUGCUUCAGCAAUAUCAGUUACUAUGUGGAUGUUCCUGUGGAACUGAGGAAGCAAGGCAUCUUAGAAGAUCGAUUGCAGCUGUUAGUAAAUGUUACUGGAGCAUUUAGGCCAGGAGUGCUUACUGCUUUGGUUGGAGUCAGUGGUGCUGGUAAAACCACCCUCAUGGAUGUUUUAGCUGGUAGAAAAACUGGCGGACUUGUUGAAGGAAGCAUAACUAUUUCUGGUUAUCCGAAAAACCAGGAAACUUUUGCAAGAAUUGCUGGUUACUGUGAACAGGAUGACAUCCAUUCUCCAUGCAUGACUGUUCGGGAAUCAAUUCUAUACUCCGCAUGGCUGCGGUUACCAUCUUAUGUUGACUUUGAAACACAAAGGGUUUUUGUGGAAGAGGUGAUGGAGCUUGUGGAGCUCACUCCAUUAAGUGGUGCCCUCGUUGGUCUACCAGGUGUUGAUGGGCUAUCCACAGAACAACGCAAAAGGUUGACCAUUGCAGUGGAGCUUGUUGCCAAUCCCUCUAUCGUCUUCAUGGAUGAGCCCACAUCGGGAUUGGAUGCCAGGGCUGCAGCCAUUGUUAUGAGAACAGUGAGGAAUAUCGUGGAUACUGGGCGGACAAUUGUGUGCACAAUCCACCAACCAAGCAUUGAUAUUUUUGAAUCUUUCGAUGAGCUUUUAUUUAUGAAGCGUGGAGGGGAGCUUAUUUAUGCUGGUCCACUGGGUGCCAAUUCCCACAAGCUUGUUCAGUAUUUUGAGGCGGUUGAAGGAGUUCCUAAGAUAAACGUUGGUUCUAACCCAGCAGCAUGGAUGCUAGAGGUCACCUCUGCCGGACAAGAAAGUCGACUUGGUGUGGACUUUGCUGAAGUUUACCGCAGAUCUAAUCUAUUCCAGCAGAACAAAGCAUUGGUUGAGAGUCUAAGCAAACCAAAUAAUGACUUAGAAGAUUUAAGCUUUUCGACCAAGUACUCCCAACCAUUUCUUGUACAAUUUAUUGCUUGUCUUUGGAAGCAAAAUCUAUCUUACUGGAGGAACCCGCAGUACACUGCAGUUCGCUUCUUCUAUACUAUCACCGUUUCCUUGAUGUUUGGAUCAAUCUGUUGGAGAUUUGGUUCUAGAAGGGAGAUGCUGCAGGAUGUUUUCAAUGCCAUGGGAUCAAUGUAUGCAGCGGUCAUAUUCAUUGGAAUUACCAAUGCGACUGCUGUUCAGCCGGUGGUUUCCAUUGAAAGGCUUGUUUCAUACCGAGAGAGAGCUGCAGGAAUGUAUUCUGCUUUACCAUUUGCAUUUGCCCAGGUUGCUAUUGAGUUUCCAUAUGUGUUUAUACAGACACUUAUCUAUGGCUCUGUGUUCUACUCCAUGGCCUCAUUUGAAUGGGCCCUGGGGAAAUUCAUUGGGUACCUAUUCUUUAUGUAUUUCACUUUACUGUACUUCACAUUUUUCGGCAUGAUGUCAAGUGCAAUCACGCCCAAUCAUAACGUGGCCCCCAUUGUUGCCGCCCCAUUUUAUAUGCUGUGGAACCUCUUCUGUGGAUUCAUAGUCACUCGCAAGAGUUUGCCUGUUUGGUGGAGAUGGUAUUACUGGGCAAAUCCUAUAGCCUGGAGUCUCUAUGGUCUUCUGACGUCCCAAUAUGGCGACAUUGACAAACACAUGAAACUGUGGGAUGGACUUCACUCGGUGAGUGUACGCCAAUUCCUGGAGGACCACUUCGGCUUCCGGCGUGAUUUCUUGGGCAUCGCUGGAAUCAUUGUGGUUGGUUUCUGUGUGGUGUUUGCUGUGAGUUUUGCUUUUGCAAUCAAAUACCUCAACUUCCAGAGGAGAUAGGACAGGAGUUGCAUCAGUUGCAGGUGUUGGAUACUGAUAGUCAAUAGGUCUUAUAAAUGUUAAGUACUGUAUAUAAGUGGAUCUUUCCUCUGUAUUGCAAUGGUUACUAUCAUGUCCUUACAAUUAAUUCCUAAAUCAGAGCCAGAUGAAAAUAGAUUUAGAAGGAUAGUCAGUUGGGUUUGGUUCUUCUGUAGAAUGAUAA